UUCCAUUUCAUUCCCUUUCUCUCUCAAUUUCUCAUCUUAUCCAUUUCCAAAUUAACGAAAAACCUUCUCUUCUCCGUCCAUCCAUCUCUUCAAUGGCAAAUACCGCUUCUGCUGCUGUUGCUGGAAGCUUAUUAAUUUUCAAAACAACCACCAGUACAACUAAAACUACGUCUUCUUUCCCUUUAUCUUCUUAUCCAUCCACCAAAAAUAGAACCAUUCUCAGCUCAUUAUCAUCACCAUGCCCUUCUUCUUCUCUGGUCCACAACCCUCAUGCUGCAAUUCUCUUCUCUUCCUCCUCCUCCUCCAUUAAUAACUCCGACAUUUUACCCAUUGCCAAUAAAUUUAGGAAUUUCAGAGUUUUGGCUUCAGAAGUCACCAGUACUGCUACUACCACCGAUGAAGAAGUAGGAGACCAGUCGGCUUCUGCUGAUGCUACUUCUACUUUAUCACAACUAGCUCAGGUGGAGGGAACUAUUGUUCAAAGACCUCCUUUUGAACUUUAUGUCUGCAAUCUCCCUAGAAGUGUUGGGGACUCUGAGCUUACUGAGAUGUUCAAGCCUUACGGACCCAUUGAAUCAAUUGAGGUUGCAAGGAAUCCUGAGACUGGGAUAAGUAAAGGUUGGAGUUACGUCGUCAUGAGUUCACUUGCAGAAGCUAAAGCUGCAAUUAUGGCUCUGGAUGGAUCGGAUGUUGAUGGUCGCGAAGUGAGAGUGAAAUUCUCAAAUGCCAUGGUUGUAAAAAGAGUUCUUGAGGCAGCUAAGAAGAAGAAGAAAAAGAAUGCUAGUACUGUUAUGAUCUUUGAGACCCCUCACAAGAUAUAUGUCGGGAAUCUAGCUUGGUCAGUGAAACCUGAAGAGCUGAAGAUUCAUUUUGGCGAGUUCGGAACUGUUGUUAGUACAAGGGUGUUAUACGACCGCAAGGCGGGAAAGAAUCGAGUUUAUGGGUUCCUUUCAUUCUCUACAGCUAGUGAAUUGGAGGCUGCAAUUGCGGGUGCCAAUGGAACUGAAUUUCAAGGUCGCAAAAUGACGGUGAGACAAGUCAUAAAGCCUAGCACGAGCACUGACUCCAGUGACUCUAGUGACUCCAGUGAGCCGUAAAUGAAUUGUGUAAAUUCUGAAGUUUUGUAACUUUAUGAAGUAUACUGACUUAAGGAGGCCUAAAUGUAAUCUCUUUUUGAUGAAUCUCAAAUCUAGCUAUACAAUUUGUGCAUUAGCUAGCUAUGAUCAAGUUCAGUACUGCAUAGCUUAAAGCAAAGUAGAAGAAGACAUUUUUGUUUGCCUUAACUUGGAAUAUACAUUCUUUUAACUCUUAA